AAUUAGAACAUUCCCACAUCCGCAUAUCCUUGAAAUAUGAAUAUUAACCGUGCUUUGAAUAAUCAUGAUUUUAUUAUUGCAUUAUUAAUGAUUGCAUUGCCUUUAAUCUUAAAGAUUUUAAGAAUAGCUUUGAGUAUUAACCUUUAGCAUAUAGUACUAAAGUUAGAAUAGUCUAGCAGGCUUAGAGAUAUGAUUCCAUUGUAUAUGGGUUUUGAUAGUUGACUUUUAAAUGUCAUGUGCAAAUUUAGCAGGCUUGGAGUUUUUGCGGUAUGUAUGUAUGUGUGUUUUUUUAACUUUUGCUUUGCAGAAACACCUGGGGAGAAAAACAGGAUGUCGGGGCAGGGUGAAAUAACGGUCAUAGCUAUUUAUAACAGGAUGAACUUCUAAAACAGAAGUACAACUUUCCAUCGAACGGGUCUGGUGAACCUUUAAGAAAGAAGUAAAACUUUCCAUCGAACAGGCCCCCACCAAACUGCACAUAUAUAUAUUUUGGGUCAGAGGGAGAGGCAGAUUAGAUCAACCGCUUCUCGGGGGAUUUGUUUCUGCAUUGGUGUUGUGUAAAGACAGGGACAGUUUUUGACCCAGAGCUCUGUAAUAUUUCAUUUGAGAUACUUAUUAAAAAUAAUUUGAUUUGAGUUACGUGUCUAUUCUCCUCAUUCAAAGAACAUGCAGGACAAUUAAAGUCCAACAAUUGGUGACCCCAUCGACGUGAUGAGGAGGACUGGACAUCAUUGAUUUUUCUUCUCGACAUUCCACUUGCGCAAAAUAGGAAAGAAGGACUGACAGCAAAUAACAUUGAGAGGAAGAAUAAACGAGAUAUUCAGGGUAAGACAUAUUUUAGUGGAAGAUAACAUGAAGACUCUUAAAGAGCAAUGGGAGGCAGCCGUAGAACAGCUUUUGAGCGGGUUAGAAGAAAGAGAAAGGCUAAAAAAAUUCAGAAAUUUAAAGAAAUAUAUGAGGAUUGGAAGCAAACGAAAGGAUAUGAAGACAAAAAAGUUAAGUCUGAAAAGAAGUUAGAAUACAGGAAGCAGAUGCAAACUUCAACUUUCUGAGAAAGAAUGUACAGGAAGUAGGGUUUUUGUGUAAGAAGAAACAUGAGAGGAAAUGAAGAGAUGCGAAGCUAAGGAGAAAGAGAGAGAGAGAGCUGAGCUGAUGAGACAAUAUAAAGAGCUGGCUGUGCAGGCAGAACAGGUGAAAGCAGCACUGGAGAAAGAAAUAAGGGAACAAUGGAACAGCGUAGUACAGGAAAAGACAUUUCAGCCAAAAACACCCCAGGAGAAACAUUGAGAAGCAGAUUUAUAACAGUGGACGAGACUGGGAGUCAGAUACAGGUUGAAGAACAGGGAACAUAUCCAGUUGAAAUCAGAGGAGAAAUGAAGGUGGGUAAGAGGAUGAAAGAGGAGAGCAGAUAUAACUACAGUAUACAGACACCAAAGAAAGAACAGGAAGAAGAUGAACAGGAAUGUAGGGAACUACAUCUCAUUCGUAGGGUACCUAAUAUCUGCCCCCUAGUGGAGACAAGUGGAAAGGUAGAAUACAAACCAUGGUCAUUCACAGACAUGGGAGCUAUCCUUGCAAAGCUACCUCAUAUCACGAGUGGUGGGGGUAAAUGGAUAGGGAAGGUAAUAACUUUGACACAAGGGCAUACGUUGGCGAUCGGAGACCUUAGAGCAUUAUUGGGACAGGUACUGACCGUAGGACAGAUUACGGAAAUUGAGCGAGAGGCAGGAACGGUAGGAUUAUAUGAUGACUAUCCAUACUGUCGAGUUGCAUCAGAUUGGGGAAAGGCACUGCGAAAGCUGUACCCAGCGCCAGCAGGCACCCUUUACAAUAUAAAAUUUUCUCCAAAAGUGGAAGAAACAGCAGCAGCAUAUCUGAGUCGAUGCAAAGGAGAGUGGGAAGAGCAAACAGGGGCUCAUCCACAUUCAGAUAGAAUACAGGAACAGAUGUUCAGAGCUGCUGUAUUGGAAGGGACUCCUAAAUCUGUACAGGAUGAAAUAAAAGCCAACCCCGACUUACCAGGUGCUUUAUGUGAGGUUUGGGAACGACAUUUCCUUCAUCACAUGUCUAGGGCGAACGAAAAAGAAAAAGAAAAGGUAGGGGAAGUAGAGGAAUUGAAAAAACAGUUGCUAAAAUUACAGUUGCAGGAAGCAAGAUCUAAAUUAAAUGAAGAAAAAGGGAAAAAGAAGGAUAAACAAAUGGUAGUUCAGGAAAUAAAAAACCCCUCCAAGAUAUAACAAAGAACAGGAAGUUGACCCAUCAAAUGU